AGUAGAAUCCGAUACCUUAUUAGCAGCUUCAACAGGGGGACGGUUGCGGUGCAAGACCGGAAAUCAGAGCUUUUCAGCCGGCAGAUCUUUCUGGUCCCCGGAUCCCUGGCUUGAAGAUGGUUUUGAGGCGCCUGCUGUUCACCCUGUUGAACAACGCGCAAGUGAUCGAGAAGCUCUCCGAGUCUCGCCCUAUCCGCCGGGCGGCGCAGAUCACGGCCUACGCCAUCACCAAGGCGCAGAUCAGCGGCAGGGACGCGGCGUCCAGGCUGCUCAAGUCGGACACCGUCCGCCAGGUGCGAGAGGAGACGGCCGGGAGGAUGCCGAGGGACGUGGGCGAACUGGGAAGGAGAGUCGGGAGACUGGGGCAGAUGUUCGUUAGAGAGGUCAAGGAAGGCGUGAGGGACGCCUCCCGACAGCUCAAAAACAAGGACAAACAGUGAGGGCUUGCGGAACCGUGGACUUCUGAAUUGACCUGUAAUUAUCUCAGUAGCUGCUGAAAUCCAUGUCGUUUUACCACCGGGAGAUGUGUCGUUUUCCACACUGUAAUUAAGCGGUAUUUGAAUUAUGGAGGCGACACUGCGGGGAAAGUAAUGAAGACGACGACUUUCUGUUCAGCUCACGGGUCCAAACUCCCGUUUUGACGGCUAGGAUGAAAAAUAUCCGAGACGUAUUUUUGCGAGUCUGUGAACGUUACAAAUCAACGCAAUUGAAAAAAAUAAAUAACCCGCACCUUGUCGUAAACUGUAAACACAAUGCCACAGAACGUCGAAAGAAGCAAUCCCGUUAUGUAAGAUAUGCAUAUUGUUCAUUUUAACUUUCAUUGAUAAACACUGUAUCGGGUUUGGUGUGUAAUGUAGAUGAGAAGAUUAAAUUGAAAAGAGUGUUUUCAUGAA